AUGUACAGGGCAAAUGAAGCUCUCACAUCUAAAAGUCUGGCUGAGAUGCAGGGAGUGGGGAGUGGCUUGGUGCAGAGUAUGGAUAAACUGGGAAUGACUUACCAUCCCACUGAGAUCUGUGCAUUGAAAGGAUCAACAGUGGAAAUGCAGUGCACCUACACAUACCCAUACAGAGAAAAUGGCCAUUUUACCACAGUUGAAAAAACUCUGUGGUUUACUAAGGAGGAGGAUAAAGAACCUGUGGAUCUGAGAUCAAACUCAGAAUAUGCAAAUCGUUUGGAGUAUCAGGGUCUCCAGAUAGAGGUGACCACAUACAGGUCUUCUUCCUGGGUAACACUGAAGUGUGCCAGCAGCUGUCCUCUAGCUGGUCGUCCUUCCUACGUCUGGUACAAGAAUGGAGAGAAAUUUAAGGAAAGAACUUCUCCUUCCUAUGGAGCUUACUUUAAUUAUGAGGACAGCUAUUCCUGUGCUGUAAAAGGACACGAGGAUUUCUGCUCUCCCUCAGUGUAUGCUCCCAAGGUUCCCUCAGUGUCGGUGAGUCCCUCUGGUGAAAUAGUGGAGGGCAGUUCAGUGACUAUGACCUGCAGCAGUGAUGCUAACCCAGCAGCUACUUAUACCUGGUACAAGAAGAAUGGAAAUCCAGCCCAGGAACCUUUGAGGACAGGACCACAGCUGAACUUUGUUUCCAUCCAGUCCUCUGACUCUGGAGAGUUUUACUGCACAGCGCAGAAUAAGCUGGGGAAGAAGACAUCUGACUCCACAUCUAUUGAUGUCAAAUAUGGUCCCAAGAUGCCUUUACUGAUGGUGAGUCCCUCUGGUGAAAUAGUGGAGGGCAGUUCAGUGACUCUGACUUGUAGCAGUGAUGCUGACCCUCCAGUGCAUAAAUACACCUGGUACAAGGAGAACCAAACUCUGCUUCAAGGACCAGAGGAAAGUUAUAACUUCACCUCCAUCAGCUCUGAGGACACAGGGACAUACCACUGUCAGUCUGAGAAUCAAAAUGGACGGAUUAACUCCUCUUCUGUACUGAUAGAUGUCCAAUGUAAGUAA